AUUGACGUCAUUAGUAUCUCGUUUAUAAUUUCUAAUGCUUGUUCUGUACCUCGCCGACCUUCUUCAGAUUCCAGUAUAAAUACAGGAUUUUCGAAAUGGUGCUUCACUAGCUCUUUUGCAUUAGCUAAUUCCUUUUUCAGAAUGAUCGCUAAGAUAGCUUUCUUAUGCGCUGCUUUUGCAGCCGUCAGUGCCACUGGAUAUCUCGCCCCAGCAGUCUACGGAACUGGACUCGCUCUGAAAGCACCCGCUGCACCACUUCUUGCAGCUCCUCUUUCUCAGUCAGUCAUCGCCACCCCUGCUUCCUAUUCCAUCCAGCGUUCUGUCGUCAACCAUGGAGUUGCUCCAGUUGCCGUCGCAGCUGCACCUCUCACCUACACUACCGUAGCUAAGGCAGCUCCUCUUGCUUACACGACCGUGGCCAAAACAGCUCCUGUCGCUUAUGGUGCCCCAAUUCUUAGCCAUACUGGAAUCUUAGGAGCAGCACCACUCGCUUACUCUGAUGCUUUAGGUCAUGGCCUUGCCUAUACCACUGGACUUGGACAUGAUGUAGCCUACACCACUAGACUUGCUGGACAUGGUCUUGCUUAUGGGCCCGGUGUUCUCGGCCUAAGCAAGGUUGGUUAUGGAAAAGUCUUGUUGUAGAUACUGUGAAAAUACUAGUCAAAUUGUGCGAAUAAAUUUGUAAACUUAUUUUGUUGAAAA